AGUCAAUCGUCGGUGGCAGCCAAGCGUUGAGGCGCCAGACUCAAACAGAAACGAGAGCGCAUUUCUGAACAAGACAUUUUUGUUUUGAUAUCUUUCUUUAAUGUUUUGCAGAUAAUUUCUUCUGUCUGCAUUAUGAAGACCUCCAAGGCAGCACGGAAGACCCCUGUUCAAGAGGAAUGUGGCGUUUGGCUGGACACUGUACAGCUGAAAGGAAAAGCUAAACAGAAAGGACUCGCCCGUCCCAUUUCUAAACUGCUGAAUCCUUUUACUGGAGGUGGAGGAUACAAUGUGGCUGUGGCACUCAACUUCACUCAGACCAAACUGGAUAUGCCAAAGACCAAACAGACCUCUAUAUCAACCUUCUUCACACCUCAACACAGAGUUCUUAAUAAGAUGUCCACUUCUGAAGUGCCAAACAUGGAUCCAGUGUUUCUGGAUUCUGCAUCUAACACAUCCACAUGCACCUUAACUGCACCCACACCUGGAACAUCAGGAACAAAAAGAAGACGUGAACUAGAUCAUUACUCUGAGGCUGGUCUGGACCGUGACAAAUGUGAAACAGCAGUGUGUUGGGAACAGUCAGAAAGCUGUAUGACUUCCCAAAACGUGUGUUGUGAAUUUGAACAGCCGUUUGAGGAGAUAAAUCCAACAUUGGGUAAGAAGAGGCUCAUUGCAACUACCUCAUUUCCAGAAGAUAGUCAAGCUCUUCCACAGGCGUGGAGUCAAGACCCUUUGCUCACAUGUAGCCAGUACACUGAAGAUGAUUCAGGCUUAACUUACCAUAAACGCAAAGCAGAAGAGAACCUCUGUGACUCUGAGCCAAGUUUCCUCAGAAGUCUACAAAGGGAGGAGGUCUUUGGGACUCUGAUGGGAAGCAGAACCUCUACUCAAAAAGCCUUUAAUUCUUCUCAGAUGGAUGAUGAGAAAGAAAACAGCAGGUUUUUGUCAACCAAAUCCUCAAGUAAACACUCAACUUUCUCUUAUAAUGGAUCACAUUCAAGUCACACACCGAAAAAAACAAAAACUGCAUCACCUCCAAACAACUCUCCAUCGCACAUGUGGAUACAGCCGGAAAGAGAAGAGAUCUCUGACUCUCAGUUUAAACGGAGGAAACAAAGUGUUUCGCCUUGUAAAAAACGAUCACGGCUGCAGUCUUGCAGGGCUGUUGAUGAGGACAGUCUGGCCAUGUUGUUCACCCAGGACUCUGAAGGUUUAAGGGUGAUUGCACACAGAGGUCUGAAAGCCAGGAGUCCACUCACAGACCAGAGUAACAGAAGCUCUCGGGUUGUGAGUAGCAGUGCUUUCAAAUCUGUUGAGGAGGAUGAGGAAGAUGAAAUGCUCUUCACUCAAGACUCUCAGGGAAAUAUGGUGAUCAAACACUGAAAGGAGCCUUUUAAACACAUUAACAGGAGGCUACUGUGAUGUGUAGUCUGGAUGUGAAUAAUCUGUUCUUUUUCAAUGGUCUUUAAAGUGGUUUUCUUUCCCAAUCUGCAAGAGCUUCAUAAAAGAUUGAUCUAAAAUCUAAAACAGAAAUUAUGCAAAUUUUCUUCUUACCUCUUCUCUUCUGUAGAUCAUUUUACUUUCCUGGAUUUAAUUCAUAUUCUUGUCUGUUUUUGGUCUGUGAUUCUGAGAGUUGUCUGUUGCAAUCACACC